AGAUAACAUCAUCUUCUGUGUGCUCAGCUGGUUCAGAAGAUCGAGCCGCAGCAAAUGGCAGCGCCCUCGCUGGUUUGAUCCAAGCCCGCCGCCAGCCGUGACGGAAGAGCAGACGGUGAGAGGAAGAAGCGUUCAGGUGGGCGGCGGUGGUGGUUGACUUGGCAAUUGAGCUGUCGUGCCGCUCGCUGCAAUUCGGCGUUGAGACACGGCUCCAAGACCAACGCAAUGGCAGCAUAUGAAGCCCUGUGCCAGGCCUGGGAGGCCAACCGCAUCGAUGAACUGGGCUUUGUGCAUGACGAGGAGCAGCCCGUUCAGGUUUUUGAAGGCACCAAGUUGGCCGUGGCUUAUGAUGCGCUGUCCGAAAUAGCCGCCUUUGCGUUUGCCCAGCUGGCACCCCUCUUGCGGCGCGGCCAGCCAGUGCUGGAGAAUAACGAGGAUGCACAGCAGUUGGGGCGCGCCACGCUGGCUCUUCUCACCAUCAAUGGAAACAAUUAUGCGGCUUGGCGCUAUCGCCUUGGUCUCAUGCACAGCCAUCCCGACAUUCUCCCACCAGAACGCGAGCUUGCUUUGACCGAGGCCCUUCUCCGCAAGCACCCCAAGUCGACGCUGGGUUGGAGUCAUCGACGAGCCUGCUUGCAGCUCAUCCAUGACCGAACGGAGCUCGGUGCUGAGGCCGAGCGUGGUAGUGCAAUGGCUGCCGACUGGCUCACCGACGAGGUGCUCGCCACAGAGUGGACACUCAUCGAGCGACUCGCCGACGAAUAUCCCAAAAACUACUAUGCUUGGUCGUAUCGACAUUGGCUCGCGGCCGUCGUUGCGCUUCAUCCCGAUGCCAACCGUCGCCGCCGUCAGAUCUUGGCCGACUUGCAGCGCACGCAUGUCUUUGCCGCCACGCAUUUAAGCGACUACAGCGCAUACCAUCACGAAUAUACCCUGUGGCAGCUGAUCAUUGCCAAAGACAAGGUGCUUUCGCGCGAGCUGGCGCAUCUCGAGGAGUGUCGAGGCCGAGUGGAACUGCUUAUUCAGCGGCGUGAUCUCUACCCUGGUCAUGCUGCCCUGGAGGAACACAUUGUUCGCCUUCAAGCCUGGCUGGCAACCCUGCCUGACGCCGGCGACCUGAUCAGCGAGUCUGAAGCAACUUCUCCCGUCCCUGCCGAGUAAAAUCCCCUUGUUGGAUCUUGGCCACGCUUGCGGGCUGAGCCCACUCAUCGGACAUUGGACGAGGCCCCUUAUGGCCGCAUCAACUGCAGCUCCAAGCAACAUCCAACUCCUUUCUUGGCGUGACCUGAUCCAAACUUGGAGUCAAGGUAGUCAUGAAUGUCAUUCUGUUUGAAUUGACGCGACAACCGAC